AUGUUGUCCAGAAUCUCCAGAAGUUCAAGACUUUUAGUCCGCGACUUGAAGCUCGCCAGAUCUACCCCUGCCUUACCAUUCAAGAGAUUUCAAUCUACACUCAAAUCUGAGCCAACUGAGGUUUUUACCAAGAUUUCAGAUGAUAAAGAUCCACAGAGAAGUGCCUUCUUUCAAUACUCUUGGGGUUCGUGGUUGAGCGGUGACAAGGCUAAGAAAGCCCAAAGAGAAACCAGAUUCUCAAUCGAAGGUGCUGCCAGCCUUUUCAAGGAGUUGCAUGGAACUAGAAGUGACUCCAAGAAUGUCGAUAAGAGUGGUGAGCCAUUCGUCAGAGCCCCAUUGACAUUGAAAGAUGGAACCUCUGUCUUGAGCAGUAACUUGACUAGUAAGAUCUUAGGAGAUGGCGAAUUGAGCAUCAAGUCCAUUGCCAGUAUCCACGAGGGAAAGCACCACAGAGUCUACAAAAUCUCUUUGAACACAGGAAAGGAAUUAGUUUUAAGAAUCCCUUACAAGUUAGAAUCUGACUUUGCCAUUCUGCAAAAGAUCAAGUCUGAAGUUGCAACCUUGGAUUUUCUUAACUUAAAGCUUAAUGCUAGCGUACCAAAAGUGCUUGCAUACGGUACCUCCAAAUCCAACCAGCUCAACAGCCCAUUUAUCUUGAUGGAAUUUAUCGAAGGUGAUUUAUUGAUGAAGAACUGGGAUCCAUUGGCUGAGGACAGCGAGGAGACUCAAUCCAAGUUGAAAUCAGUCAUUGAUCCUAUUGCCGAUUUUCAAGAAAAGGCCUUGAGUGUCACAUUCAACAAAUUCGGUUCAUUGUACUUCCAUGAUGAUGUUCCAGCUGCCCUUCAGGCUGAUGCUCCAUAUGAUGGCGAGGAGAACCCAUUAUUGAAGAACAGAUGGAGAAUUGGUCCAAGUAUUGAAAAGUCGUAUGCCAAGAACAAGAACAAGUUGAGUGAGGCCCAAGUCAACCAAUUCAACGGUCCUUGGAGUGCUUCCAAGCCAUUGGAAUUGAUCUCAUCUUUGGCUGGAAUUGAAAUUGAAAACUUAAGAAACGAAGCUGUGCACUCCAACCUUGAGGAAAGUGAUACCCAUAAACAGCAAAUCGAUACCUUUGAAAACCUCAAGCUCCUUGGAUCCAAAUUAUUCAACCCAGCCUCUCCUUCUAUCAUGAACGUCGAGGAAAUGUUCAAGCCCAGAUUGUAUUUGCCUGAUUUGGACCCAUUGAAUACCAUCGUCGGAAAGGAUGAGAAGCUUACCUUUUUUGAUUUCGAGUACGCAUCCAUUAAGCCAUUCAUUUUGACCAAUUACCCAUCUUUUGUUGCCUACCAAGGUGUCAAGAUUUACAACUUGGAAGAGGAUAUUCCUGGUUACAGUGAAAUGGACGAGGUUGAGCAACAGCAAUAUCAAUUUAUCUAUUACAAGACCAGAAACGAAAGAUUAUGGGAAUUGGCAUUGAACGAAAGACGUCACGAUUUGAUUGCCAUUGCCUCCCCUCACAUUAAGGUAUUGAAGAGUCCCUACUUACAAGCUUUGGAAUUCAAGACCCCUAAGGACUACUUGUAUAUUGAGAGCUGUAUCAUUCAGCUUAGAUCUAUGUGGGAAGCCUACGUGAGCAAUUCGUUAUGUAACAGUGAUGAUGCCAAGUUCCCAAUUGAGUAUGACGAGGAUUACUUGACUCAACACGAACAACAAUUGAUGGCUUACCAAAACGAAGUUCUUUCAAGCCCAUUUGUCGCUACUGGUGGAUGGAUUCCUCAAGACAUGUUCAACACCUUGAAGGAACAAGGAAUGAUUGUUGAGGACAAGGAAGGAAACUAUAAGAUCGACAGCGAGAAGGUUUUGGACGAGUAA